UCAUAAAUCCUUCAUGUCGAGCAUAUCAAUUGGAUCGAUGAAAUCCGCUAUCUCACGCCAUUCCAUCUGUUCGGUGAAAUCUUUUAUAUCUCAAAGAUCCCGAAAUUCAUUGAAAUCUCUCGCAUCAUGGAAAUCGAGCAGAUCCUUUCAAUCACUUGGGACCUACGCCAGCAGUGGCUCGAGGGUGGACGUAGUCAGAGCGCGUAUGGACAAUCAACUCAAGCAAUUCACAAUUGGGACGAUGGAUGGGAGUCCUCUCAGUUCCCUGAACCGCAUCCAGUAUACGCCAAUCUAUCCCUGGUAUGCGGCAGACCAGACAAGUUCCAUGGUACAGAGACUAUUGAACCGCCUUUCACUGAACUGUCCCUUAAGUAUGCCGCAGAUAAACCACGUCUGAAGGCAGUUGUGAGAGCUGCCGAAACUGGAAAUGACCAGCUUAUAGACUUCCUAAUGUCCUGUUCUUUAGCGGACGCGGACCAACCCCCAAUUCCCGGAGAAACCAUAACAUCCUCUACGCCUAUGCUAGCCGCCAUAGGUCGAGAGAACAUCAAAGUCAUCGAAGUCCUCUUGAAACAGAAGGAUUUCAACCCUACACGUCAAUUCUCGGGGCUGACCUAUUACGAAAUUGCCGAAGAACGUCGCGGGUUAGUUUGGGAAGAGGAAGUGCGCCUUUUAAAGCAAGCUUUCAACUAUGCACACGAGCAUAAGAACAUAGAUCAAAAUAAUACGGAGCAAGUGACAUCAAAUGUAGCAGCGAAUCGUCCGUGUUUAGAUCAUCUAAAGAUAUCAGUGGAGAAUGUUAACGAUAGCUCACAAGCUUAUCUUUACGACUGCACAUGGUGUCGGUAUUCUUUUAGCCACGAGGAUCAGCUAAAAUUUCACGAAGAAAAAUGCUCUGCCCGUCCAUUCUCUGGCAAUAUUAAGUUAGGUUUGACUCAUGAAAAAUUAACUACACACUUAAGGCUUCAAGCAUCAAGUCCGAUUAGACCCAUACGGCUUCCUGUUCGGUCAACGCCUACCGCUGAAUUUCACACUAUUGAUAGAACAGUUAAUAACCUAGAUAUAUCAACAUCAACCAGCCAACCGAGAUGUCACUCAACAGGUCCUCGGGGCUGCGGUGAGAAAAUGGAUAUAGAUACGAUAUAUCCGGGAUCAUUGAGGAGCGGUAUAUAUUUAAUGGAUUCGCCCAUGCACUCAACAUUCAUCACUAGUGAUAAUUUUCGUGGAGAUUGUGAGGCGAUUAAGCUACCAACCGAGACCCGCUACCUCAUGGCAUACUCGCGGGAAAAGGCCCAGGUCUCUGAAGGCUAUCAUGCACCUGAAUUUCCAAUGACCGAUUCAAGCACGCCCCAAAUAUCAGCAUCAUCAGUGAGACAUACCUCGGAAACUACUAGUCCAUUUACUAUACCUUCGCAAGGUGAGUCUGAGGCUUCAGAGUUUUCGAUGAAUGAGAGUAGUGAAGAUUGCCGUUGGGAAGAAGAAAGUUCAUUUGUUCAGCGGGCUGAGCGAAGGAGAACUUUACUUCGUGGUUUGAUGGAUAUGGUAUACGCUACGUAUACCCGUCUUGCUACUUCGGGUGCAAUGGAAGAUGGAGAAUCCGGCCCAUCUAAUGCUCCCGGGGGAGGCUCAGGCUCUGCCAACUCUUCUAACAAUCAACAAAACAAGGGUAAUGAUGUUAAGGGGAAACGUCCUCUACCAAGAGGUGACGGCAGUAACGGGGGCGAGGAAGGUGAUGAUCAGCAACAACCAAAACGAAGAAAACCAGCUACUUAUAAUGAUGGAACCAAUCCAGGAGAGAGAUUUGCAUGUCCGUAUUAUCAACGGAACCGUUAUCGGCACCUGCCAAGAAAUUACUCGCUCAAAGGAGCUUGUUACGGCCCUGGAUUUCAUUCGGUACAUCGAGUGAAGGAACACCUUUACAGGGCACACAGGCUACCACCGUAUUGCUCCCGAUGUAAUGUAGCAUUCGAUUCGGAUAUUUCUUUAGAGAAGCAUACAAGACAAGAUCUUCCCUGCGAGCUCACACCAAAACAACUAAGGGAGGGCAUCGAUCCUACUACGGAAAAAUUGCUUCGAAUUAGGAAUAAGGAAUUCAAUAGUAAAACGGAAGAAGAUAAAUGGAGACACGUGUACACUGUACUUUUCCCCGCUGAUGAUCCUGUAGAUCUACCCUCGCCCUACUACGGGAACUACCUCGAGAGGGGUUCUGUCGAGAGUUCUCCUGAACUCAGACCAACAGCGAGGAGCUAUGACGAAUUCCUACAGAGGGAACUCUUCCGGAGAAUCUAUCGAGUUCUGGAGAAUAAAAUCGACGAAGCGUUAGACUCGGCAGAGAGGGAUGUCGCCGACGCGCUGAAAAGCCAACUGGAAGGAAUUAUUCGUGAUGUUCAGGCUGAGCUGUAUGGGGAAUUUCAGUCAUCUAUUAGGCAGAAACAGGCCAUUGACGAAACUAAUGGGAUUGCUACGCAAACGCCGAUUCCUGGACCAGACCCGAUGCUAUUGUUACAGGAUAUGCUUCCCUUAAGCUCCUUCUCUCCACCUUGGUCUGCCCUCAGCCUAGAAAAUCAACAAGCCUCAAGCUCGUCGGCCCCUGAAUUUGCUAACGGAUUGGAGGAUAUAUCAAACCUUAGGUUUGACCUUUUAUCUAACCCUUUUGAGACCAGCCAGAACCAUGACUCCGCCAUGGUAAUUCCAGUGCCGUUUACGGCGAAGGCUGCCUACGAUUAUAUAUCGGAUCAUGAGGAGGAUCUCUCAUUCAGAAUUGGCCAGAUAAUAACAGUUACUAGUGAAGAAGAGACAGACUGGUAUAAUGGCGAGUAUGUCGAUGACUUCGGCAUGAAAAACGAGGGCAUAUUUCCUCGGAACCUUGUGGAGAGGUAUCCCCCUCCCGUGCCACCACGUCCAAUGAGGGGUCGUAAAGAAAACGCGGGGUCUGUUGCGACUACAUUUCCCUCUUCAUUUCCACCUUAUUAGACCGUUUGAACCGUUUCAAAAUUUGGAAACUACAAGUAUGAGCUAUGAAGCUACGAAUGUCGGUUUAAUGACCAGAUUGUCCUUGUUAGUGGUACAGAACCUGUCCCAGCAUUGAGUUAACAUAUAUUCCGGAGAAAUAUAAAGAGUACCUACAGCGACCUAUCCCAAGUGGAUAGAUAGUAUGACAAUUAAAUCAUCUUUAAAAGACCGGAAUUAAGCAAGUAAAACUGGUCUUACAGAUUAAAAUUAAAGAGGAUGCCAACUCAUAUAUUAUACACCUAGCAAACUUAUCGACACUCCUGCUCUCAUCCGGGUCAAUUGCAGGCGAUCUUCAAUAUGCAGUGUAACUAUAUGACUUUAGUGUCAAUUAAGAUCCUCCCCUUGGCUUCUCUCUUCUAAACCCGUGCUUGAGGACGUGUUCGAUAAACGAUCUGAUCCGAUUUGAUGCAACGUAGUUUUUCCGGCAAGCAAGCCAACUUCAUCACAUAAAUUGGGUUAUGCGCGUAACCAGCCAGCCCUAAGCGCCGUGACCAGAUUCGACAACGCCGAGCCGAGGAGUAGGUAAAUCCACGAUUCUAAUGACUUUUGGGUAAUCUUACCGACGUCAAAACCCGCGUGUCAAGCUAGCGAUCC